UUGUUCUCUUUUACUACUACGGACGUUACUCGUUUUAUACAAAAACAUUAAGAAAACAGUCAAAUAUCACACCGGAAGUGACGUAUCCUUCGCGCAUGCGUGGACUGACUCGAGAGAGGACGCUUCUUUGGAGGCAAAACAACCUCUAAUUUCAUAUUUGAAACAAUGGAAGGGACAAAAGAAAGCUUAGCGUUCAAAAGUGUGGCUGAGAGGCUGACACUCGGCAUUACUCGAAUCCUUGAGAACAUGCCCGGUGUCGUCGAGGUGCGUCUCGCAGAAAGGGAGCCCGCCGAGAAAAGGAGCCUGUUGUCAUGGGAACAGAAAAACAAUUGCAUUUUACCAGAGGACCUGCGAGAUUUUUAUCUCACCACAGAUGGCUUCACACUAACCUGGAACGUGAAACUGGACAAUGAGUGUGUUCCCUUAGGGUGCAUGACAGUGCACAGUGUCGGCAGGUUACGGCCUCUUCACCAGCCCACGCUGCUUUUCUCUCUCCCAAACGCACCUUCGCUGGCGGACCUGGACUGGGAGGAGAGCAGCUCAGAAUGUGUGUUGCCGAAUGCUCCUCGUCCUCCUCAUUUUGAUUCUCGGAGCUGCAUCUUCGAGUUGGAUUCAUGUGGUGGAAAUGGCAAGGUGUGCUUGGUGUACAAAAACUCCACCCCAGGUGUGGUAGCGCAGCAGAGUGAGAUUUGGUUCCUCGACCGUUCUCUAUGCUGGCAUUUCCUGACAGCCACCUUCUCCUCCUACUACCGCCUCAUGAUCACGCACCUGGGCCUGCCCGAGUGGCAGUAUUCUUAUACACCUUAUGGUCCCAGCCCCCAGGCCAAGCAGUGGGCAUCGCUGUACCAGCCGCUGAUCUACAGAAAUGAGCUCAGCUUGCCUGACUCUUUUGGAGACUCCCACCUCAACAAGCUGGAUCCCUUGAAGGCCUUCAAAGCCAAAGCCAAGGUGCCCACCCCAAAAAAGAAGCCAUCAGCACCAUCCAGCCAAGUGAGCAAUACUAAGAGCCAAGGUGGCAGCGGGAAACCUAGCAUAGCAAAGCGAUGAAAAAAAGGCGCUUUUAAAGAUGAUAAGAAUGGACACUACGGCACUGUCCUGGUUUUAAUCCAGUGUUUAAUCACUACAUACUAGUGCUGAGGCUCUUGGUCCACUCAUCAUUACAUUUUUCUACACUAGACUUAUGUUACAAAGUUUGAUGACACUGUCGCUCUAAAUAUGUCAUUUCUGAAUGCAUUACAAUAAUAUUGACCUGGAACACUGAAGAAGAUAACUGCAUGAACAAGCCAAUAUUCACUGUUAAAAAGUGAAGGUGUCGGGCAAAUGUUGAAUCAUUUUGCAUAAACAAAUAGUUUACACUGAGUUUACUGAUUGUUAAUUAGCAUUACUUACAACAUUCUCAUAGAACAGAUGCAUGAUGAUGAUUGACUUAGAAGCGAGCAUUUGACUGAACAAGCUUGAUCAGACUAAUAGGCUGAAGUAUUUUCCAAGUAGGUCCAACAUUUAGGAAAGAUACUGUAUUUGCCCGUAGACUCCUGUCUUUAUGGCAGUAUGGUGCCUAUUUCUCAAUAUGACAUCAAAUAUAUUACUGAAACCCAUGUAA